GGAACACACCCAAUGUGACAUCAGUGAGGGUUUGAAGAAGAAAAAAUUCUGAGCCUAGACUGUGGAGGAACAGGAGGGCCGAGAGCGCCUUCCCGAACUUUUGGUUAUAUUCGCAUAUAGAUAAGUGGACGAAAGUGUGCAAACGUAACUAUAACUUGACAAAAUCUAACUGGGGACUGGGGAUUAUUUGAUUUGUCUAGAGAGGAUGUCAACUUCUGACGAGGCAGACGGGCUUCGGCCAAGAUAUGGGUCUGUUCUGGAUGGAGUGGAGCGUCUCACAGCUGAGGAGAUGGACGAGAGGAGGCAGCAGAACAUGGCCUACGAGUAUCUCUGUCACCUGGAGGAGGCCAAACGCUGGAUGGAGGCGUGUCUGGACGAGGAGCUGCCCCCCACCACGGAGCUGGAGGAGGGGCUCAGGAAUGGCGUCUACCUGGCCAAACUGGGGAACUUCUUCGCCCCUCGCACCGUGUCCAUCAAGAAGAUCUAUGACCGCGAGCAGACCCGCUACAAGGCCACAGGGCUCCAUUUCAGACACACAGACAAUGUCAUCCAGUGGCUGAAUGCCAUGACAGAGAAGGGUCUUCCAAAGAUCUUCUACCCGGAGACCACAGAUAUCUACGACAGGAAAAACAUGCCACGAUGCAUCUACUGCAUACAUGCUCUGAGCCUGUACCUGUUCAAGCUGGGCCUCGCCCCUCAGAUCCAGGACUUGUACGGAAAGGUGGAUUUUACUGAGGAGGAGAUCAACAACAUGAAGAGUGAGCUGGAGAAGUAUGGAAUCCAGAUGCCCGCUUUCAGCAAGAUUGGCGGGAUCCUGGCCAAUGAGCUCUCAGUGGACGAGGCAGCAUUACACGCUGCUGUCAUUGCCAUUAACGAUGCCAUAGACCAUGGGGUGCCGGAGGGCACCAUCGCGGCCAUGCAGAACCCCAACGCCAUGCUGGUCCAGCUGGACCAGGGCUCUGCCCAGCACUACCAGGACAUGCUCUACCAAGCCAAGGGAGAGAAGGUGGCCAACUCACGCAAGCGGCUGGGGGAGAAUGCUGACGCAGAGAGGGACGUCUACGAGGAGUUGCUGACACAGGCUGAGAUCCAGGGCAAUGUCAACAAGGUCAACUUGUCCAGUGCCCUGAGUUUGGCAGAGCUGGCCCUGAUGAGUGGUGAUGAGGACAGGCUGUAUGACGCACUCCGGAGCCAGGCUUUGGGCCUACACGGCCUCCAGUCCCAGAACAAGGGCUGGUAUCUCAAGCAGCUGAUGGCUGACCGUGAGAACAAAGACCAGACCAAUCCAGGAGACGCCUUAACCAAAGAUGAGUUACAGAGCGGAGUCAACGUCGCAAAUGACUUUGCCGAAGGCUACCAGAAGAUGUUGCUAUCCGUGGAGAGGAUCAACGCUGCCAUCACAGCUGGCGUGCCAGAGCAGACGGUAGCAGAGCUCAUGAACCCUGACGCCCAGCUGCCCGAGGUCUACCCCAGUGCUGCCGACCUCUACCAGAGAGAGCUGGCCAGCCUGCAGCAGCAGAGCCCGGAGGGAUCCCUGUCUCACCCAGAGCUGCUGGUUGCCGUGGAGAUGCUGUCGUCGGUGGUCCUGAUGAACAGAGCGCUUGACGUGGGUGACAGGGCGGCCCUGUGGAGACAGCUGGCCAGUUCUGUUACAGGACUAAGUAACGUGGAGGACGAAUACGCACAGAGGUACAUGGACGAGCUGAUGCGUCUGAAGGCAGCAGCCAGGGAGCAGGGAUGUGACUAUCUCACCUGGAACGACAUCCAAGCUUGCAUAGACCAGGUCAAUCUGACUAUACAGGAGGAGCAUGAACGUAUUGCAGCCAUCGGUCAGAUCAACGAGGCUCUGGAUGAAGGCGAUCCUCCCAAGACCCUGGAGGCCCUCCAGGACCCCUCGGCCAAGCUGACCAACGUGGACCCCUCUGUGGCCCAGCACUACUAUGACAAACUGCUGGAGGCUCGAAGAGAGAAGGCACAUGAGACCCAGGAUCCCUCUGCUGUGUUGUGGCUUGAUGAGAUCCAGAAUGCCAUACUUAUGGCCAAUAAAGAUACCCAGGAUGCACUGCAAUUCUCGCAGGCCAUCCAGGCCGUCAACGAGGCGGUGGACAGCGGCGAUGCGUCUCAGACCCUGGCCGCCCUGCGCUCUCCUGGGGUCGGACUCUACGGCGUCACACCAGAGUGUAGCCAGAACUACCAGGAUGACCUGGCCAAGAUCAAGGAGGACAAGAAGAAAGAAGGGAAUAACGGAAGUGACUGGAUGAAGCACUGGGUGAAGGGAGGACACAACUACUACUACAACCUGAGCACCGGAGAGGGCACCUGGGUGGAGCCCGAGGGCUUUGUCCAGAACAACACCCAUCUGGACAAGGACAACAUCCAGUCUGUGGUUUCCGGGGUAACCACCGCUUAUAACCGAGAGCAGCUGUGGCUGGCCAAUGAGAGUCUGAUUGCGAAGCUGCAGGCUCGUUGCCGUGGCUACCUGGUGAGGAAUGGCCGGAAGGAGCGGCUUGACUUCCUGAAGUCCCAGGAACCAUCCGUCAACUGCAUUCAGGCUCACUGGAGGGGCUUCAAGCAGAGGAAGAACUUCAAAGACAGGAAGCAGUACCUGAAAAACCACAAUGACGACGCCAUCAAGAUUCAGGCAAUGGUUCGGAUGCAUCAAGCUCGCAAGAAAUACAAAGACCGCCUGAAAUACUUCAAAGACCAUAUCAAUGAGGUGGUGAAGAUCCAAGCCUUCAUUCGAGCCAACAAAGCCAGGGAUGAUUACAAGACACUCAUCAACGCGGACAACCCUCCCAUGGCAGUGGUGCGUAAGUUUGUGCACCUGCUGGACCAGAGUGACCAGGACUUCCAGGAAGAGCUGGACCUGAUGAGACUGCGAGAGGAAGUGGUCACCAACAUCCGCUCCAAUCAACAGCUGGAGAACGACCUGAACUUGAUGGACAUCAAGAUUGGCCUGCUGGUGAAGAAUAAGAUCACUCUGCAGGAGGUGGUGUCCCACAGCAAGAAACUUAGCAAGAAGAACAUGAUCCAACUGUCUGACAUGAUGAACAAGCAGAAGGGAGGCCUUAAGGCCCUGAGUAAGGAGAAGAGGAUUAAGCUAGAGGCCUACCAGUAUCUCUUCUACCUACUACAGACAAAUCCAACCUACCUGGCCAAGCUGAUCUUCCAGAUGCCCCAGAAUAAGUCCACCAAGUUCAUGGACACAGUCAUCUUCACCCUGUACAACUACGCCUCCAACCAGAGGGAGGAGUACCUUCUGCUCAAGCUCUUCAAGACAGCACUGCAAGAGGAGAUCAAAUCUAAAGUGGACCAGCUCCAGGAGAUCGUCACUGGCAACCCAACAGUCAUCAAGAUGGUGGUUAGCUUUAACCGUGGGGCUCGCGGCCAGAACGCCCUGCGGCAGAUCCUAGCGCCUGUUGUCAAGGAGAUCAUGGAGGACAAAACGCUGAACAUCAAGACUGACCCAGUGGACAUUUACAAGAACUGGGUCAACCAGAUGGAGACACAGACAGGAGAGGCCAGUAAGCUUCCUUAUGAAGUGACGCCAGAACAAGCCAUGAGUCAUGAGGAGGUGAGGACACGCUUGGAAGCCUCUAUCAAGAACAUGAGGAACGUGACAGACAAGUUCCUGUCCGCCAUCAUUUCCUCUGUAGAUAAAAUCCCAUAUGGAAUGCGUUUCAUCUCCAAGGUGCUGAAGGACACCCUCAAUGAGAAGUUUCCCGAUGCCACAGAAGAUGAGCUGGUCAAGAUUGUGGGGAACCUGUUGUACUAUCGCUACAUGAACCCAGCCAUCGUGGCUCCUGAUGCUUUCGACAUCAUCGACUUGUCGGCUGGAGGUCAGCUUACCACAGACCAGAGGCGCAACCUGGGGUCAAUCGCUAAGAUGCUGCAGCAUGCGGCAUCCAAUAAAAUGUUCCUGGGAGACAAUGCCCACCUGAACCCCAUCAAUGAGUACCUCAGCAGCUCCUACCAGAAGUUCAGGCGAUUUUUUUUGUCGGCAUGUGACGUCCCAUCAUUGGAAGACAAGUUCAACGUGGAUGAGUACUCUGACCUGGUCACUCUAACCAAACCUGUUAUCUACAUCUCCAUUGGAGAAGUCAUCAACACACACACGCUCUUGCUGGAGCACCAGGAUGCCAUAGCUCCAGACCAUAACGACCCGAUCCACGAGCUGCUGGAGGACCUGGGAGAGGUGCCCUCCAUCGAGUCCCUCAUCGGUGAGAGCCCUCUCCCCCCUGGUGACCCCAACCAGGAGAUGAUGGGGAAGGCUGAGGUGUCCCUCACCCUCACCAACAAGUUUGACCUCCCCGGAGAGGCCAACGCAGAAAUGGAUGCCAAAACCCUUCUAAUCAACACCAAGAGGCUGAUCGUGGACGUCAUCCGUUUCCAGCCGGGAGAGACCCUGACUGAGAUCUUGGAGUCUUCAGCCAGCCCAGAACAGGAAGUGGAGUACCAGCGUGCGAUGCAGAGGAGGGCGAUUCGAGAUGCCAAGACCCCUGAGAAGAUGAAACAGGCCAAGCCGGUGGUGGACGACAGCCUGACACUGCAGGGAAAGAAGGACAAGAUCAGGAGCAACCUGGAGAGGCUGGCGGAGCUGGGCAAGGUGCACCCUGAGAACCGUUACCAGGACCUCAUCAACGACAUUGCCAAGGACAUCAGAAAUCAGCGAAGGUAUCGCCAGCGAAGGAAGGCGGAACUAGUGAAGCUACAGCAGACAAAUACUGCCCUCAACUCCAAAACCGCCUUUUACAAUGUGCAGAUUGACUACUACAACCAGUACAUCAAAACCUGCAUGGACAACCUGGCCAGCAAGGGCAAACUAUCUAAGAAACCCGGUGACGCCAAGGCCAAGAAGAGUAAACAAGUGUCUCAGAAAUACACCGCUGCUCGCCUACAUGAAAAGGGCGUGCUCAUCGAGAUAGAGGACCUGCAGACCAACCAGUUUAAGAAUGUCAUCUUUGAGAUCUCACCAUCAGAAGCUGUUGGAGUGUUUGAUGUGAAGGCCAAGUUCAUGGGAGUACACCUGGAGACGUUGAUGUUAGAAUACCAGGAUCUUCUCCAGCUGCAAUAUGAAGGGGUUGCAGUGAUGAAGCUUUUUGAUAGGGCUACUAUCAACGUCAAUCUCCUCAUCUUCUUGCUCAAUAAGAAGUUUUAUGGAAAAUAGAGGGAGGAAUCGGAGCGAAAGCAAGGGAGAGGAAAGUGCUAUGGACACUGUGGAAAAUGCAACAUCCCACUUAAAGACACACGAGCUCAAAGCCUUUUCCUCAGCACACGUUUCUGUCUCCAUUGUCUUCUCUGCACUACCACACUUGUGCCUCAGCAUCGUCAUGUGCCUUAUUCUCCAAUGUCAAGUGUGCCAGCACGUGAUGAACGGCUGGUGGUUGGUGGUUUGUGUAGCUUAGUUUAAGAAUAGUUCCUUAUCAUUAUCACUUUGCUUGGAAUAUUUGCAAACUACUUGUGCAUGAAUGCUUGUAGAAUUAAUGUUCUGUGUAAAAAUAUUUUUAUUUCUUUUGUUUUUUCAAUGUGUUGGUAAAAACAGGAACUGUGUCUAGGAUGCCUAGCUAAGGAUGUGCAGUACUUAUGCAUAGGCUCUUGCAGGCCUGGCAUCCACCUGGUAUCCACCUAUUACCAAAGCACUCUGACCCAGUGACUGAGUCUCCUGUCUGGCCCACACCAAAUUUCUUAUCGUGGCCCGUUAACUCUGCCCCUCCCUGCCUUUGCUCUAGUACAUACUAGAUCACAAAGCACCAUGCAUGGGUAAGAGGAGAUACUUGACACAAGUAUUCUUAUCACUCAAGAUAUUGGGUAAACAUGUUCCUUAACACUGGUCACCUUUACUUUGUCCUUGCUAUGAAAGGCUGCACAGUCACUGUAAGCCGUAAGAAUUGAUUUGUAAGAGUAGCUUAAGCUGACAAUUCAAAAUACUUUUGAGUUAUCAUGUUUUUGUUAAAUAAAUUCAUAAACAAAAGCUGUCCCUAUUUAUAUUUUAAGUGUUGUUAGUCCUCAGUAUAACAGACCUUUGUUGAGACAAAGACAUUGUUGUUUUUACUAUAUUCAGACAUGUGUUUCCAGUUAAUAUUACACUGUGCAAAGUGUUUCAAAUUAGUGCAGUAUUUUAGUAUAAUGUGUACAGACAUUGCUGUGUUCUAGUAGAUUUCUCAUGAUUUUUGAACUGAAACACUCAGAAUUAAUUGUAUUACAAUUAGACUUUAUUUUAGGAAACAGCUUUUUAUACUGCCCAUAUUAUAUAUCCACUGUCUCCUUAUUUGUAGUUUGUAGCCAUUUUGUAAAGUUUAGUUACAGUGGCUCAUACAACAAUGUCAGAACAUAUUCUCCUUUGCUGUCUGUCUGAUUCUCAUUACAGUCCAAUGAAUGUUUUACUUGUUUAAAAUAAAGCUUCAAUAAUUA